ACGAUGGCAAGUUUGAAAAGAAAAUCUUAAUGACGAAGAUAUGCGAAGAAAAACAUUAAUUAGUGAAUAGUUAUAGUUGACAGUGAAUUUUGGGUGAAGGCGAGUGAAGAAGAAGAAGAAGAAAAUUGAGAGAUGUGGGUGGAGAUUCUCUGCGGUUUGAUCAUCUACAAACUGUUCAGAUUCUUCUUCUAUGAUGACGACGUUUUGGACAUUGAAGGAUCUGAUUCUUCUGUUCUUUUCUCCGUCGCUGAUAGGCUUAAGAAACUUUACGGAGGAAAUGUGUAUGUGGGUCUUCGAAUUCCCGAUGCUGAUACUGCUUCUCGACAGAGCAUUGAUAUGGUUCAUCUCACUAAACAAGAGGUUGUGGUGAUAUGUGUGAGAAACUUCUCAGGAAUUUUGACAAUUGGUGACGAUGGUAGUUGGGUCUGUGAAAAGCCAGGCAAACAUAAAGUAGAGCGUCACCUUAAUCCUGUGGAAGAAGCAAGAAAGCAAGUCUCCAUCCUUGAAUCAUAUCUUGAACAAAGAGGGGUUGCUCUGCCUGAAGGACACAUAUCUUGUCAAGUUAUACUUCCAAAUCCUAAAUUAUGUGCCAUUCCCGCAAGUGGUUUUCCACCUGAAGUUAUUACCCAUGAUAAGUGGGUGCAACUGAAGGCAGGACCAAAGAGCACAUUGACCAGUUGGGUAAAGAGUGCCUUUCGUAGUGGGAAGAAGGAUAUGCAAGAAUCUAUUAAUCAAAAUCUUGAUUUUGUCCUUAGCACAGCUCCAAUAUGGGAUAGGUUGGAACUUAAAGGCAACAAGUAUGUAUUGGGGGAGUUCCAGGAAUUUAAGGGCAAGCAAGAGGAUGUUCAGGCUUUAAGAAAUAUCAGAAGAUCAAAAGUUGGUCGUAUGAUAAUCCAAAAGACAAGCAUGUUUGGACUAGCUCCUUCUAGGCUUCAAGUUUUAUACACCUUGCGUGACUACAGAACUGAAGGGGCAUCAGAACCAGAGUGUAAAGAAGUAACUGUAAGAUCAAGUACUGAGAUAAUCUUUCUACCCGGAAAUGCCUCCAAAGUCCGAAAGUUUAAGCUCUCUUCAGUGAGCUGUAUGCUUCUUAGUGCAUGAAGCUACCCAAAUUAAAGAAAGGAUGCAUACUUUGUUAAGCAGCAAGAAAUGGAUAUAUACAUUACUAGCCUUAGAAAAUAUCAAUAUAGUUAAAUUCUUCCUCGACAUAGAAAUUAUACUACUUUCUACUGCGUGCUUGUAUUAUAUAUAUUUUAAUCAUUUAACAGUUUUAUUAAAUGUGAGGUUCUUUAAC